CACACGUCUUCCACUCAUUGCAAACUCAGGCCAAGGGGAAGACAGCGCACACGCGUAUAGUCCAACACACAUCCCAGAGGCAGGAACGAAGACCACUCAUUGAAGAGCAGCAACAAACGAAGCAGGGAUUGUUGCCCCUUUACAUCUAGAGUACAACACGAGCCAAUAUGGAGCUCUUUGAGACCAACCCAUACUUCUUUCCUGAUCAGCGAUUUUAUGAAGGAGGGGACAGCUACUUCCCCUCUCGCCUACCUGGGACAUACGACCAAGCUGGUUACCAGGACAGAAACUCCAUGAUGGGCUUGUGUGGGAGUCUAGCUGGAGGUGCCAGUGUCGGAGUCGCAAGUACUGAGGACAAAGCAUCUCCCUCCAGCCUGUCACCUCAUUCUGAGACCCACUGCCCUGGUCAGUGCCUGCCCUGGGCCUGUAAGCUGUGCAAAAGAAAGACUGUGACCAUGGAUCGCCGGAGAGCAGCAACGCUGAGGGAGAAGAGACGUCUGAAGAAGGUGAACGAGGCCUUCGAUGCUCUGAAGAGGAGCACCUUGAUGAACCCCAACCAGAGGCUGCCCAAAGUGGAGAUCUUGCGGAGCGCCAUACAGUACAUCGAACGGCUACAAGCGCUGGUGUCCUCUCUCAACCAGCAGGACACUGAGACAGGACAGCAGGGACUGCACUACCGACCCACCCCAACCCAGCCCAGAGUGUCGUCGUCCUGCGAGCCCAGUUCGGGGAGCACCUGCUGCAGCAGCCCCGAGUGGAGCAGCACUCCGGAGCAGUGUCCGCCGAGCUACAGCGGUGAGGAUCUCCUGAGUGCUGCUGAAUCUCCUGAGCAGGGGAACAUGCAGGCCUUGACUUCCAUUGUGGACAGCAUCUCUGCUUCAGAUGGAGCUGUGGCCUUUCCUGUAGACAUUUCCAAAUAGACCUUUCAAAACAGUGGGAACACAGAUGUAGAUGCACAGAGAUCCGUAAAUUACAAAGGAAAUAUAGCUAAUUGGUGAUGCUGUUUGACUGGAGUACUUAUUUUGUUUUAGUGAAUCUACAAACUUUGGUUUUCUGUCUUAUGCAAACGAUCAAAAAUCUGAAUUAAUGAAUUAUCAAUGCAACUCUACUGGGUCUACUGGCUAAACUGAAUUCCUCCUUUUACAAUGAGGCCUUAUUCCCUGUAUUACAUGCCUUAUCCUGUGGUCCAGUCCUGUUUGUCAGAGCUACAGAUGCUCAGUCUAACUUGAGAUUCAAAGAUUUUGCUGCAUGAACCCAAAAUCCUAGUUAUCUGAGUGAAUCUCUGUUAAACCUUCCUCCAGACUCUCAGAUGGAUUGUAUUGUUCUAACUUAAUUUAAGUUUUCCUCCGUAUCUUUGAUUCUUUUUGUGUGAGUUUAAUGCUUAAAAAAAAAAUACAUGAAUUUAUUUGUGGGGCCAAUAUGUACCAUGGCAGUUUUGACCAAGAUCUGCUUAAUUUAAACAGGUUAUAAAUGCUUUUGUUGUAAAUACGUUCCCCUUUUUUUUACAGAGUGGUUUUGCCAUUUUAUUUUGUAUCUUUGCUAACUUAUUUUUGACUUUUAUAACUAAGAUUGUUGUGUAUUUGUAGAUGUUCUGAAAAGU